UAUGGUUUUUUUGUUUCUUUUGUUGACACUAUUUUCUCAAUUAGGAUCAUCAUCAUCCUAUAGUACAAUGAGCAUGGGCUCAUCUCUCUCUGUGGAAAAUCCAGCUGAUAUUUUGAUCUCACCAAAUGGCAUGUUUUCAGCUGGGUUUUUUCAAGUAGGUGAAAAUGCAUAUUGCUUUGCAAUAUGGUUCACAGAGCCAUCCCCAACUCACAACCUCACCGUGGUUUGGAUGGCAAACCGUGAUGAGCCAGUCAACGGUAGGAGCUCCAAGCUCACCCUCCAAAAAAAAGGAAAUCUUAUUCUCACAGAUGCUGGCAAAUCCACCAUCUGGUCCUCCAACACUGUUUCAGCUUCAUUAGCCCGAUUGCGUCUCAACGACACUGGCAAUCUUGUUCUACUCACUGUCAAGGGUGUUACUAUGUGGGAAAGCUUUGCUUCACCAACAGACACCCUUCUACCUCACCAACCACUUACAAGGAACACCAAGCUUCUCUCUUCAAGAAGCCUCACCAACUAUUCCUCUGGCUUCUACUCACUUUUUUUCGACAAUGACAACACUCUCCGCCUUCUCUACGAUGGCCCCGAGGUUUCAAGUAUUUACUGGCCUGAUCCUUGGCUUCUAAGUAUCGUAGCUGGGAGGUCCACUUACAACAACAGUAGAAUUGCCAAGUUUGAUAACUUGGGCAAUUUUAGUGCAUCCGAUGAUUUCACCAUUUUGUCAUCGGAUUAUGGUGCAAAGCGGCAGAGAAUAGUGAAGAUGGAUGCUGAUGGUAAUGUUCGAAUGUACAGUCGAAAGCAGCCGGGAGAUACUUGGGUUGUUACAUGGGAAGCAGUUUUGCAACCAUGCAAAAUUCAUGGAAUUUGUGGGGCUAAUAGUUGGUGCAACUAUGUUCCUAGUUUUGGUAGGAAAUGCUCAUGCGUUCCAGGCUAUGUGAUUAGAAAUAAAAAUGAUUGGAUUUAUGGUUGUCAACCAGAAUUUAAUCUGUCCCACAACAAUAGUAUUGCUGCUCGUGAUCAGUUUGAUUUUAUGUUCAUUCCUCGCGUUGAGAUGUAUGGGUUCGAUUUUGGGAUCUUUUAUAAUUACACCUGGGAAAAGUGCAAAAAUUUCUGCCUGGAUUUAGGAAACUGUACAGGGUUCCACUUCAAAUAUGACUCAGGUGGUGGUGGUUUUUAUAAUUGCUUCCCAAAGAUGCAAUUACGAAAUGGAUACCGUUCGCCUGGUUUUGUUGGAGACCUGUAUGUGAAACUACCCAAAUCAAUCCUUUCUUCCUAUAAUGUCACUGAAGCUGAAGAAUCCAACAAUAUUUGCUCAGACAAACUUGCAAGAGAGCUGGACAGAAUAUACCAAAAAGGCAACACAAAUCAGUCUGUCAAGUUUAUGCUGGAAUUCGCAUCUGGGCUAGGAGCACUUGAGGUUGUUUGUGUCUUUCUUGUUUGGUUUUUUCUGACCAGAAGAAACGGUGGAGAUCAAUUAAAUUCAGAUGAUGUGGUCACACAAGGCUACCUUCAUGCUGCCACUGGAUUCAGAAGAUUUAGUUACUCUGAGUUGAAAAAGGCCACAAGAGGUUUCAAAGAAGAGAUUGGAAGGGGAGGGGGAGGAAUCGUGUACAAAGGCGUAUUGUCUGAUCAACGAAUCGCGGCAAUCAAGCAAUUGAAUGGUGCUAACCAAGGGGAAGCAGAGUUCCUUGCAGAGGUGAGCCUUAUUGGGAAGCUGUACCACAUGAACUUAAUUGAGAUGUGGGGAUAUUGUAUGGAAGGAAAGCAUAGGCUUUUGGUGUAUGAGUACAUGGAGCAUGGUUCCUUGGCAGAGAAGUUAUCUUCCAAUGUGCUUGAUUGGAAGACAAGGUUUGAAAUUGCAGUGGGCACAGCAAAGGGACUAGCUUAUUUACAUGAAGAAUGUUUGGAAUGGGUUUUGCAUUGUGAUGUGAAGCCUCAGAACAUACUCUUGGACUCUAAUUACAAACCAAAAGUGGCUGAUUUUGGAUUGUCCAAGCUACUAAACAGAAGUGAGUUUAGCAACUCAAACUUCUCAAGAAUAAGAGGAACUAGAGGUUACAUGGCUCCAGAGUGGGUUCACAAUAUGCCCAUCACCUCCAAAGUGGAUGUAUACAGCUAUGGGAUUGUUGUGUUGGAAUUGCUCACUGGAAAAAGCACAGCGGAAAGUGUUCAUGGAGUAGAAGGUGGAGGUGACACACAGAAAAGGAUGCUGGCUACAUGGGUGAGGGAGAAAAUGAAUGAAGCAUUUGCAGAUGCAAAGAGCCCAAUAGGAGCUGAAUAUGAAAAGGGUGAGCUGGAAAUUCUUGUAAAAGUUGCUCUUCAAUGUAUAGAGGAAGACAAAGAUGCAAGACCCACCAUGAGCCAAGUGGUUCAGAUGCUUCUUCAUCAUGAAAACAAUUUAUUGUAAUUAUUAAGGGUGACUUGUUCAUAAUAUUGGUUUGAUUUCUUCUUCUGCUCAGAUCACUCUGACCAGCUGACUGUGAUGUUGGUAAUAAUACAUGUAUAUAUAUAUCUUGAUUUCUUCUUU